AUGGUGCAGAGAGCCAUCUUGCUCUGGACUCUUGAACCAGGUGAGCGCGACGCCUUGUUGGCUAAUGAAGCAACCAAAAGAUGGACUUCAAGCAACCAAGUGCUUAUGGAAGUAGCCUGCACAAGGAGCUCAACGCAGCUUCUUCACGCUAGGCAAGCUUACCAUGCUCGCUACAAGAAGUCCCUUGAAGAGGAUGUUGCUCACCACACCACCGGUGACUUCAGAAAGCUUUUGGUUUCUCUUGUUACCUCAUACAGGUACGAAGGAGACGAGGUGAACAUGACAUUGGCAAAGCAUGAAGCUAAGUUGAUCCAUGAGAAAAUCAAGGACAAGCAAUACAACGAUGAGGACAUUCUUAGGAUUUUGUCCACAAGGAGCAAAGCACAGAUCAAUGCUACUUUCAAUCGUUACCAAGAUGAUCACGGCGAGGAAAUCCUCAAGAGCCUCGAGGAAGGAGAUGAAGAUGACAAGUUCCUUGGACUGUUGAGGUCAACGAUUCAGUGUUUGACAAGGCCAGAGCUUUACUUUGUGGAUGUUCUUCGUUCUGCAAUCAACAAAACCGGAACAGACGAAGGAGCUCUCACUAGAAUUGUUACCACAAGAGCUGAGAUUGACUUGAAGGUCAUUGGAGAGGAGUAUCAGCGCAGAAACAGCAUUCCUUUGGAGAAAGCCAUUACCAAAGACACUCGUGGAGAUUACGAGAAGAUGCUUGUUGCACUUCUUGGUGAAGAUGAUGCUUGA